AUGUAUCCAACUGUUUACAAAAAAGAACAAGUGGAGAACUGGCCCCAAGAUCACACCAGCUGGCCCCAAGAUCACACCAGCUGUCCCCAAGAUCACUCCAGCGGGCCCCAAGAUCACACCAGCUGGCUACAGGAUCACACCAGCUUGCCCCAAGAUCACGCCAGCUGGCCCAAGAUCACACCAGCUAGCCCAAAUAUCACACCAGCUGGCCCCAAGAUCACACCAUCUGUCCCUAAAAUUACACCAGCUGGCCCCAAGAUCACGCCAGCUGGCUCCAAGAUCACGCCAGCUGGCCCCAAGAUCACACCAGCUGGCCCCAAGAUCACACCAGCUGGUCCCAAGAUCACACCAGCUGGCCCCAAUAUCACACCAGCUGGCCCCAAAAUCACGCCAGCUAGCCCAAAGAUCACACCAGCUGGCCCAGAUAUCACGCCAGUUGGCCCCAAGAUCACACCAGCUGGUCCCAAUUUCACACCAUCUGUCCCUAAAAUUACACCAGUUGGCCCCAAGAUCAGAACAGCUGGCCCCAAGAUCAGAACAGCUGGCCCCAAGAUCACGCCAGCUGACUCAGCAGGCCGUCACGUUUCUCCCUGA